UUGAGGAACUUUCUGACUGCUGUGACUAUUAAAGCAAGCCGGACUCUUGGGAGUCCCAAGUUCUUUUUCCUAUUCCACCUAAUACAAGCUAAUGUUUGCUUCUCUACAAUGACAGUCCCCAGGUUGAUUGUGGAUGGCCUUUCUCAGAAGAAGACCACUUCCUACAAUGAAUGCAUGACUCAGGUCUUUCCAGCCCAAUUCUCUGGAUGCAUGGAGAUCUUUGUGCUCAUCCUCAUGGCCUUUGACCACGAUGUAGCUAUUUGUAAGACCCUGAGAUACACAACCAUUAUAAACCAGCAUGUCUGUGGUAUAUUGGUGAUUAUGGCCUUGAGAGGGUCUUAUAUUCAUUCUUCAGCACAGAUUUUCCUGGUUUUGAGAUUGCCCUUCUGUGGCCCAAAUGUGCUUGAUCACUAUUUCUGUGAUUUGCAGCUGUUGAAACUUGCCUGCAUGGACACUUAUGUGAUAAAUUUGCUCAUUGUGUCUAAUAGUGGGGCCAUAUGUAUAGUGAAUUUCGUAAUACUGCUAAUCUCCUAUAUUGUAAUCUUACACUCUCUGAAAAACCACAGUGCAGAAGGAAGGCGAAAAGCACUUUCCACAUGCCCUUCCCACUUUAUUGUGGUUGUCCUAUUUUUUUGUCCAUAUAUAUUUAUAUACACAUGCCCACCAACCACUUUUCCAAUAGACAAGAUAGUGGGUGUGUUUUAUACAAUUGGCACACCCUUACUGAACCCUCUGUUCUAUACACUGAGGAAGGCAAAUGCUGAGGGAAGAUGA